GCGUUCCUAAACCAACCAGUACACCCUCCAACGGCUGGCCAAGCAGGCCCAGCAACGCACAGACAAGUGACGGUGUAUUCGACGAGAGACGCACUAUUCCGGCAGCAGGACGAAGCAGAGAGCCUGCUGCUGUUGAGCAGCAUGCAGCCUCGGGCUGCGGGCCCCGCGGGGGAGGCUUCUGAGGCGCCCAGGGCGGCAGCAGCGCAGCCGCUUGGUCCCUGUUGGCCGAGCCCGGACGGGGGUUUGGCGGGCCUGUGCCCUUCCGCCCCCAGCGAACCCGGCUCGGAGCAGCAGCGGGCAUGCGGAGCCGCGCCGCCCGCGACUUUUGCGGGUGGGGCGGCGGUCAUGCCACCCCCGCCGGCCAGGCCUUGCGGCGCACCGCCGCCUGCGCCCGCCCACGUGGCCUCCGCCAGCCUCGCCACCAGCAGCCAGCGGGACACGCUGACCACCCCCCCCGGCAGGCUGCUCACCUCUGAGGCCGGCACAGAAGAGAAACCUGAUGAGUACCUAGUGCGCCUGUUGCGCAAAGGGGCGCCGCCGCCCGCCGCGCCCGCGCAGCCACGGCCGCCGCUGCCGCAGCAGGGCGCGCUUCCCGUGGCGCUCUACCAGCACCAGCACCAGCAGCAGGCGGCGCCAGCGGCCCACCAGCAGCAGGCAGCGGCGGCAGGGCAGGAGGGCUCGGGCUUCCGCGCCCCCGUCCCCGUGCGCCGCGCGCCUCAGGCCGGCGGCGCGCCGGCAGCCGCCCCCGCAGCACCCGCGUCGCUGCCAUCCCCAGCACGCAUGCUGCCGCGGCACGCCAGCGCGCCCUCUCCUUCCGGCGCCGCAGUGCCCUGCCCGCCCUGCGCAGCACCCAGCGGCGCCGCAGCCGCCGCCGCAGCUGACCAGUCGGCGGCGGCCUCGCACGGCGCAGCAGCCACGGCCGCGGCAGAGGGCAUGGGCAGCGCGGCGCCACCAGGCGCGCGCAGCGGCCCCGCCGGUGGCGCCGGCAGCGGCGCCGGCAGCGGUAGCGGCGCCGCCGCCGCGGCGGCGGCGGCCACGCUGCAGGCCAGCGGCGAUGGGCUGUCUGGCAGCUUUGCCGCCACGCGGGUGCGGCUGGGCGACGAGAUGGCCUUCAGCGUGCGCAACACCAUGAUACGGCAGCAGGUGCUGUUCCUGGAGCAGCUGUACGACCUGCACCGCGCCAUCGCCAUCCAGAAGCUGCUCAUGCAGAACUGCCCAGAGGUCCAGCAGGUCAUGGGCGAGGCACGGCGCCUGAUGAGCAGCGUGGGCAGCCAGCACGGCAGCGGCAGCGGCCGCGGCUCCAAGCGCGGCCAGCGCACCACGCCCAACGGCGGCGCCACCGUGCCUGGCUCCGGCUCGGGCGACCCCUCCAGCUUCCGCCCGGAUUCCCAGUUUGCGGCGGUACCGCAGCUGCCCGGGGAGGCCGCCCAGACGGCUGGCGUCAGCGGCGACGACGACGACGGCGGCUCGGGCGACGCCAACGCCAGCGGCAGCGGCCAGAACGGCAGCGGCGGCGGCUCCACCAGCCCGCAGCAGGUGGGGCGCGGCGUGCCGCCCCCCGCGCCUCUCCCCUACAUGUACCUCGCUCACACGGCGGUGGCCACGCCCUCUGGCGCCUCUGUGGCGCCCAACGCCACCUGGCAGUGGGGCGUGGCGGCCCCCCCCGGGCCGCCCGCGCAGCAGGAGCAGCAGCAGGCGGCGCCGCCUGCGGCGCGCGGCCUGCCGCCCGUCCCGCAGGGCCCGCCGCAGAUGGCUCCCUGGGUGGGCCAGGACGCAGGCCUGGCGGCCGUGGGCUUCGCCCACCACCAGCCCUCGCACGCGGCCGGCGCCGACAAGGCGGCCGCGGCUCCUACCGCCAAGCCCGCCGUGGCCGCGCCGCCGGCCGGCGUGCCGGCGCCGCCGCCGCCGGCGGACGCGCAGCCCGUGCCUCCGCCGCCGUUUGGCCCCGGCCCGCCUGGCGCGCCUCCCAUGAUGAUGAUGCCUCCAGGCAUGCCCGCCGCCGCCAGCAACGACCCCAUGUCUUGGUGGUACCAGAAUUACUAUGGCGCCGCUCAGGCAGCCGCCAGCUUCCAGCACGCCCAGGCGGCCGCGCACGCGCAGCAGAUGGGCGGAAUGUCUCUGGCGACGGCGCAGGCGGCUGCUGCGGCGGCCGCGGCCCUCAUGCCGCCGCCGCCGCCCCACGCCUCUGCCGGCGGCGGCUGCUCCACGCACCCGCACACCGCGGGCGGCGGCACGGGCGCGCCCACCGCGACCGCCACCAAGUGGUGGCAGGACCCGCAGCUCACCUUUGGCCCAGCAGUGGACACAGAGAUGCUGGCCCGCCGCGCGGCGGGGGCGGGGACCGCCACCCUGGCCAGCAGCCGCGAGGGCGCAGAGGUGCAGUCGGCGCCGGGCGGCAAGCGCGGCGGCGGCGGCGGCGCCGCGGGGCCCGGCUCAGCGGGCGCCCCGCGCCGCGCCUCCCAGCUGUACAGCGAGGGCCGCAUGCACCUGAAGCGCAAGGCGGCGGCGGUGGUGGAUGCCGAUGAGGCCAGCAGCGGCACCACGGGCCACGCGCUGGGCAGCCACAGCCACGAGGUGGAUGCCGGGGUGGUCAGCGCGGCCAGCCCCCGCGGCGCGUACAAGCGCCAGGAGACGCAGCGUGCGCGCAGCGCACGCAUGGCGCCUGCCGCGCUUGACGAGAACGCCGCGGCCCUGCUGCUGGCCAUCGGCGGCAAGAAGCCGUGA